ACAGCUAACUAACGAAAAAGUCCAGGCCAUAUAGUGUAAAUGAAUGAUAAUACAAGCCCACAAAGUUUGACUACUGGUUCUUUCACUACUUGUCACAUAUCACAACCAAGAAAUUAAGUUUAGGAACACAUGCAGUGAAGAAAACAUAUGAAUUGACUUGAAGGGUGUUCAUAACUGUUUCAAUCAUUACAUCUGCUUAUAACCUUCUGAGUUCUGAUGAAUUAUUGAAAGACUUAUAGCCAUGUUUUUCAAGAUUGUGGCAUUGAUUGUGCCUGCUCUUUUUGUUCUUGCAAACUCUGAAGAGCUUGGAUUCAUUUACAAUGGCUUCAAUAGAGCAAAUUUGAGUCUUGAUGGCAUAGCACAGUACACACCAAAUGGCCUAUUACAGUUAACAAAUACUUCUAGGCUGCAAAAAGGCCAUGCUUUUUAUCCCACACCAAUCAAUUUCAAGAACUUACCAAAUGGUUCAAAUUUCUCUUUUUCUACCACUUUUGUCUUUGCCAUAGUGCCUUCUGUUUUGCCUGGUCAUGGCAUGGCUUUUGUUAUUGCACCUGUUGGAGGGCUAGCAGAUGCACUUCCAAGCCAAUUUCUUGGCCUCUUCAAUGAUAACACUACCGGCAAAGUCAAUGAUCAUGUUUUCGCGGUGGAGUUUGAUACAGUUCAGAGUAGAGAAUUCAAUGAUAUUGAUGCUAAUCAUGUUGGAAUCGACAUCAAUGGAUUAAAAUCCGUUGAAUCGAAACCAGCAGGUUAUUAUGGUGUCAAAUUCAAUAACAUGACACUUGCUAGUGGGCAGCCAAUGCAGGGUUGGGUGGACUAUGAUGGUGUGGCUAAGCAAAUUAAUGUCACAUUGGCUCCAAUGAAUAUGGCAAAACCAAAUGUUCCUCUUUUGUCUAUAUCCUAUGAUCUUUCAUCAAUCUUGAAUGAAACGAUGUUUAUUGGCUUCUCUGGAUCAACUGGCUCAAUUUUUUCAGCACAAUAUGUUCUAGGAUGGAGCUUUAAAAUGAAUGGAAUAGCUCAAGGGCUUGAUCUUGCUACGCUUCCUAAGCUUCCUCAAGUUGGACCGAAAAAAAAAUCUAAACUUUUGUUGAUUGCUUUGCCAAUGAUUUCAGCAGUUGUUCUAGUAAUAGCCUUCUCUGUGUUAAUUUACUAUGUAGGAAGGAAGAGGAAGUUUGCAGAAUUGCUUGAAGAUUGGGAGCUUGAGUAUGGCCCUCAUAGGUUUAAGUACAAAGAUCUUUAUAUUGCCACUAAGGGGUUUGGCAACAAAGAGUUGUUAGGUUUUGGAGGCUUUGGCAGAGUCUAUAGAGGAGUAUUACCAACUUCUUCAAUUGAGAUAGCAGUCAAGAGGGUCUCUCAUGAAUCAAAACAAGGAUUGAGGGAAUUUGUAGCAGAAAUUGUUAGUAUUGGUCGGUUACGCCACAGGAAUUUAGUGCCACUUUUGGGCUAUUGCAGGCGCAAAGGAGAGUUGCUUUUGGUUUACGAAUACAUGCCUAAUGGAAGUCUCGAUAAGUUCCUAUAUGACAAACCAACAUGUGCACUCAAUUGGAACCAAAGAUUUCGAGUCAUCAAAGGCGUAGCAUCAGCACUAGUCUAUCUACAUGAAGAAUGGGAACAAGUAGUAAUUCACAGAGAUGUGAAGGCUAGUAAUGUGUUGUUAGACAGUGAAUUGAAUGCAAAGUUAGGUGAUUUUGGCCUAGCAAGAUUGUAUGAUCACGGGAGCGAUCCACUCACUACACACAUAGUUGGAACUGUAGGUUACCUUGCCCCUGAACAAACAAGAACUGGCAAAGCCACAACCAUUAGUGAUGUAUAUGCCUUUGGUGCAUUUUUGCUUGAAGUGGCAUGUGGGAGAAGGCCAAUAGAUCCAAGGGUAUCAGACGAGGACAUCGUGUUGGUUGAUUAUGUAUUUUCAUGUUGGAGUAGAGGUGAUAUUCUUGAAGCCAUUGAUCAAAAUUUGGGAAAUGAAUAUAUUAAAGAGGAGGUUGAGUUGGUACUAAAACUUGGACUAGUUUGCUCUCAGACAGAGCCAGCAGCUAGACCAAGUAUAAGGCAAGCUUUAAUUUACUUAGAAGAUAUUGUGCCUCCACCACCGCCAGAGUUGUCAUUGUUACAAAGUUCUACCCCUGGUUUCACAUUUCCAGGGUUUGAUCAUCAUUUGGCCAUGUCUUCGUCAUUUUCUGCCGAUAAAGAACUUUCAUAUCCCUCCUCUGAUUCAGACUCUCUUCUUUAUACUGGUCCAUGAUGAGAUUAAGAACUUUCAUGUUCGGGCUCUUCAAAAAUGUUGCGGGAUGCGUGUCAGAUCCUCCAAAAGUAGUGUAUUUUUGGAGGAUCAACACGGGUGCAACUACAUUUUUGGAGAGUCCAAGCGACGUAGAUUAGAAGUCUUUCUUCAUUGCCUUCAUGAAUUGUGAUCCAAUAACAAUAGCAACAAGGAUUACGUCUUAAUUCCAAGCGAAUAGUGGUCAGUUGUAUAAAUCCUUACUGUUCAUAUCGCUAAGCCCGUCUUGGUCUAAUAUUAAAAGGUUGUUAUAUUAUUAUGAUACAAAUAAUGGACUACUGUACACUCUGAAUCCUAUUUCUUUGAUCUAUAUUGCUAUUGACUUC